AUGUGUAACACAGUUGUCCUAAAACAGAUUCAUUUCACCGACCGGCAACUGCUGGGUCUCCCCAUCUCUCCUAAACUUCCCUUGGUCUUCGACCCGAGCUCUAUGAGACAGAAACUUGUCUUAUGUACGGUUCGGAGGCCGAGCCCCACCCCAGCAGUAAGAGUGCGGCUUAGGUCAACUAACACAAAGAAGAUACAGUUCACUCAACGAUUGCCUUUGGGUUCCGAACUCCAUAUGGGGAAGGAGCGUUGUUGUUUGCGAGGUCUCGAUCAUUUACGUGGACCCACUUUUCAUUCCAUUUGUGGGAACUUGAUGAUCUAUAAAUCGUCCUUAACAAACGAGCGGCUCAUGUUUGAGCAUGAUGAAUCACUUCAUGCUAACCUAUUGCCAAUAAACUUUCCGACCUCAUAUGAGAAUGGAAAACUAGAGCAUUUUCUUCAUCCAUGGAUGAAGAAUUGCGAACAUAAUAAUUUAUGGCUAGCCAUGUUCCCAGAAAAAAAAUACUUUCGAGAAACGACGAGUACGACUAAAGUGGCUAUACAUACAAAUCCAUUUACGGAUCUAUAUGCUUCAAUUGGAAUUGGAAGUUCCAGAACAGGUGGCUGGUAUACCACCAUAAUGAAAUUGCCUUUUCUUUUUUUUAUUUGUAUAGGAUUUAUGCUGGCUUCGUUGGGAGGCUCGCGUAGUUUGUUAUGUCAGCUCCAAAAGGAUAAGUUGCGUUGGAAUCAAGAAAGUUCCGUGGAGUUCAUAAUUGCAAAAGGAGUCAAAGUAGUAGUUGUGGCGCGUUGAGGCACUUCUUCGAUGGUCCCCGUCCGCCCGACCGGCCGGCCCGCUCUGAGGAAUUCAUGGGCCGGCAGGCGGGCGAGACAGAAUAAGCGAGCACUACUAACC